AAAAAGAUGGGAAAGUUGGUGUGCCUUCUAAGUGGUAAUAUUUUAGUGAGAUAAUGUAAAUUUUUUUUGCAGGCAAAAAAAUAUUCGCAGUGCUCUGCUGCAGAAAAUUACCUAUUUGGGACUUCUAAGAACAAUUUCUUUACAAAUUUAUGCAAGAAAUUUUGCAUUCGAAUUUAAAUGCCCAUCAUCUUCAUAGUCGAAUCAUUCAUAUUUAUCAUGAUGCAAGAUUGAUGGAUGUUUCAGAUUUGAUUUCUGAAGCAUAUAUAAUGAGUAGAAAAAUCCAAAAUUGAGGGAAAAUUUUGAAAAAGAAUUUAUCAUUAAAUAAAUCUCUCUCCAAUCUUCAACAAUAUGAUACCUAAAGCUGCUGGUAUUGCCUCAUUAUCAUUUAUCGCCUUUGUCCUUUUGACUCCGGCAUUUAUUUGGCAUUGUAAGAAUAGAAAUAUACCUGCUAUUUGUUUAAUAUUUUGGUUACAAUUUGUUAAUUAUAAUAGAUUUGUUAAUUUAUUGAUUUGGAGUGGUGAAGAUUUUUAUACAAAAUGGAAUGGGAAAGUCUAUUGUGAUAUAACUACCAAAUUAGAAGCUGGAUCUUCUACCGGAAAGAUUGCUGCAGUUGCCGCUCUUGCUAUGAAUCUUUAUAUGGUAUUAGAUGCUAAACAUCCAAUAUUCUUAGAUCCUAAAUCUUGGAAUAAGAGAAUUAUUGAUUUAUCAAUUUGUUUAAUUACUCCUAUAUUCAUUAUGGCAACUAAUUUUAUUAUUGCUGGUAGAAGAUAUGUAAUAGUUCGUUUCCAAGGAUGUACUACAGCUUAUGUCUAUAGUGGUGCUACCCUUGGACUUUUCUCAGUAUGGACUGUAGUUUGGAGUUUCUUUGCUGUUUUGUUUGCUGGUUUAACUAUUUAUAAAUAUUUUGCUAUUAGAAAAGAUGUGGCUGAUAUCUUGAGAUGUACCAACUCGGGUUUAAAUCUUAGAAGGUUUGCUAGAUUAUUGAUUUUCAGUUUAAUUGUCAUUCUUGGUGUUGCUCCAGUAGCUAUCUACUAUUUUGUUCUUGAUGCUCAAGUUUAUAGAGGUCCAUUCAACUGGAGUGCAAUUCACAAUGAAUUGUGGGGUAACAUUGAAUACUUCGAUUUUGGUUUCGUAUUGCUUUAUGAUAAUUUUAUUAAUAUGGGUUUGUCAGUCAUUGCCUUUUUGAUUUUCGGUUUAGGAUCAGAUGCGGUUCAAAUGUAUAAAUCCACAUUCCAUAUUUUAACCUUACACAUGUUUGAUUCUAAGAGAAGACAAGAGUUGGAAAUGGCAACUCAAAUUGAUUCAUUGGCUCCACAAUCUAGAAUUAAUAGUAAUAAAUCUCAAUUCACUACUAGUACUGGACUCAGUGGUUCAACAAUGCAAGAAUUUGAUAGGCAUUAUGGUGAUCUUCUUGAUGAUCAUUACAAUUUAGAUAGUCCAGGUACUGCUGCUACUACACCUAAAUAUUUAAUUAAUAGUUCUGAUUUAGAAAAGGGUUCAAGAUCCAAUAGUCCUACACUUUCUGAAACAACUGCAAAGGAAUUUAAUUUCAUGCAAAAUGAACAAACUGAUAGUGAUGAAGGCUUUGGUUACAACUUUCAAGUCAAACAAAAAUAGGCGAACUACUUCUUUAAUAUACUUCUUUGGUUA